AUGCCUAAAGGCCAAAAAUUAAUCGACUGGACCCCUGAAAAUGACGCAAAAUUAAUGCUCACCAUCCUCGUCGUCGAAAACAUAUAUCCCAACUGCGAGAAAGUCGCCGCAGCUUUCGGCUCCGACUCCUCUUCUAUCCGCAAGACUUCCGCCAAAAGCCAGAAAGUGCUCACCGGUCGCGUGACCAAGGCUCGCACUCCCGGCAAGAAGAACGCUAAGAGCAAUGUCAUGAUUUCUGGUGACGCUGAGGUUGAGGUUGGAGAUAAUGAGUUUGAUGAUGUUAUAGAAUCUAGGGCAGAAGAUGGCGAUGAGUUUGAGAAGAAAAUUGCUCUACGUAUCAAGAAGGAGGACGUUGAUUAA